CACUUAAGAGUCCGCAUCAGUUGGGGUUUGUUUCAGGGAAUGGAAAUUACAAGAAAUAGAAUUUGGCUCCAUAGUAAAAACCUCGAAAAGCAAGGGAGAGCUGCUAAAAUCGAAGUUCCUCUCUUCUUCCACUCCACCACACCCUCCCCUCUUUGGGAAACCUCUGAGAUUCAGGCGGAUUUGGGUUUAAACAGGCGCCGGAGAGGAAGUGGUUUGGGAGAGAUGUCGGACUUAGACAGGCAAAUAGAGCAGCUGAAGAAGUGUGAGCCCUUGAAAGAGUCCGAAGUCAAGGCUCUUUGCCUCAAAGCCAUGGAAAUCCUCGUUGAAGAGAGUAACGUCCAAAGGGUCGAUGCCCCUGUGACGAUAUGUGGUGACAUCCAUGGGCAGUUUUAUGACAUGAAAGAGCUCUUCAAAGUAGGUGGUGAUUGCCCAAAGACAAAUUACUUGUUUCUUGGAGAUUUUGUUGACAGAGGAUUUUACUCUGUUGAGACCUUUCUGCUUCUAUUAGCCCUCAAGGUGCGAUAUCCAGAUCGAAUAACACUCAUAAGAGGGAACCAUGAAAGUCGUCAAAUCACACAGGUCUAUGGAUUCUAUGAUGAAUGCCUACGUAAAUAUGGCUCUGUGAAUGUUUGGAGAUAUUGCACUGACAUAUUUGAUUACUUAAGCCUUUCAGCUCUCAUUGAGAACAAGAUUUUUAGCGUCCAUGGUGGUCUCUCACCUGCGAUAACAACCUUGGAUCAGAUCCGAACAAUUGAUCGGAAGCAGGAAGUACCUCACGAUGGAGCCAUGUGUGACCUGUUGUGGUCAGAUCCUGAGGACAUUGUAGAUGGUUGGGGCUUGAGUCCCCGUGGUGCUGGUUUCCUUUUUGGUGGGAGUGUUGUCUCUACUUUCAACCAUGCAAACAACAUUGACUAUAUAUGUCGUGCCCAUCAGUUGGUUAUGGAAGGAUACAAGUGGAUGUUCAAUAAUCAGAUAGUUACAGUCUGGUCAGCUCCUAAUUACUGUUACAGAUGUGGUAAUGUUGCUGCCAUUCUUGAGCUGGAUGAGAAUCUUAACAAACAGUUCAGAGUGUUUGAUGCAGCCCCUCAGGAAUCAAGGGGGACUCCUGCGAAGAAGCCUGCACCAGAUUACUUUUUGUGAGAUAGAGAUUCUAUGAUUCCUUUGCUUACCAUUUUGUUCAAUUGAUGAACAAGAGGAUUUACAAUCAUGUGAUGAUGAUAAUCUCCAAUGAUAUCUGGAAACUCAAUCAAUGGCAGCCCUGAAAUGACUGGUGAGAAUCGUUCUUUCGAUUCCUAAUGAGCUAGGAAUUGUGGGCUUGCUUAGGUUGUGUACCUGCAUCUACUAGUGCUUGGUAUUUUGCAUGUAGUGGUAACGUGUGUUACAUCGCAUACUAUUUGAAAUUGAACCCUAUAAUCAUAGGGAGAGGAAGAGAAAGACAAGGGACAUUUUUUUUGAACAAGUACAAUUGGGGGGAUGGGGAAUGGGAUUGCCAAAGCGUAAACCUUGGACUUUUAGAUGCCACCAUGCUUCUCAAAGGAGUUGUAGCUAUUGGGUGACAAUGGUGGUCAGUGAGGACACGGAACAUUGAUCCAUAGGAAUUGGAUGAGGGACAAUGGAAAGGCAAUUUAUUUAAUUCUCAAAUCGUUCUUGUGUGCUUAUUUUUACCAAUAGAGUGGUUCUUUGUGU